AUGCGCAGUCCAAAACAACAUCAUAGCUGGAAAUCGGAUAAUGAACGACGGAAACGAUUGGAAGUACCAUCAGCACAAUCAUCACCAACAACAACAACGCAUAACCAUAAUAAUUCUGGCUAUCAUAUGCAUGGAAACCCUCACACAGAUUCACAUGAAGAUUAUAGUUUGGGUUUAUGUGGAUAUAUACUAUUAAUUCUUUCAUAUGCAAUUAUAUGUCUUACGUUUCCAUUCUCACUUACUGUUUGUCUAAAAGUCGUGCAAGAAUAUGAACGUGCCGUUAUGUUUCGACUGGGUCGUAUUCUGGGUGGUGCCAAAGGGCCAGGUCUUUUUAUUAUAAUACCAUGCGUUGAUGCUUAUACAAAAGUUGAUUUGCGAACAAUUACAUUCGAUGUACCACCACAGGAAAUUUUAACAAAAGAUUCAGUAACUGUAGCUGUUGAUGCUGUUGUCUAUUUUCGAGUAUUCGAUCCAGUUAUUUCUAUUACAAAUGUUGAAGAUGCACCAAAAAGUACACAAUUACUAGCUGCUACAAGUCUACGUAAUGUACUUGGUACAAAAUCUUUACAAGAGAUUCUUUCUGAUCGAGAAUCCAUUGCACAAACAAUGCAGGCUGCUUUGGAUGAAGGUACUGAAGGUUGGGGAGUACGAGUUGAACGAGUUGAAGUUAAAGAUGUUCGUUUACCUGUUCAAUUACAAAGAGCAAUGGCAGCUGAAGCUGAAGCUGCACGAGAAGCUCGUGCUAAAGUUAUUGCAGCUGAAGGUGAACAAAAAGCAUCAAGAGCAUUAAAAGAUGCUGCGGAUGUUAUUAUGCAAUCACCAACAGCUCUUCAACUUCGAUAUUUACAAACAUUAACAACGAUUGCAUCAGAAAAAAAUUCAACCAUUGUAUUUCCAAUUCCGAUCGAAUUAAUGCAAGCAGCUAUUACAUCGUAUCGCAGUUAA